AUGGCCGACACCGACGGCCGGCAGCUGCGCAAGCACUGCAAGGAGCUGCAGUACAAGCUGGACGAGGCGCUGCGUGAGCGGGACGACCUCAUGCGCGACCUGGAGAACAUGUGCCUGGCAGACUCGCGCGGGGCCACCUUCAACGGCAGCAGCGUGCUGCAGGAGCGCAUCUAUUCCACAGGCACGUUUGACCAGACGGGGGCCGUGUGCUGUGCCCCGGGCCCGGCCCUGUGGCCUGGAGGCGGAAGGGCGCAACAGAAGGAGCUGUCUGCGACGCGCGCCGCGCUGUCGGGCGUCACCCUGGAGCGGGACAACCUGCGGGAGGACUUGGGUGAGGUGAAGGAGGCCAAGCGGCGCGCCGAGGCGGGGCACCGCGCGCAGCUGGAGCGGGCGGCGGCGCUGGACAAGGAGCUGGCCUUCUACCAGGCGCAGAGCGCGCGCGUCAUGGCGGACCGAGACCGCGCGGCGUGGGAGGGCGAGGAGCUCAAGGCGCAGAACCUGCGGCUGGACCAGCAGCUGCGCGAGGCCAGCAGCCGGGCGGAGACUGAAUCGUCGCAGCGCGCGCAGCUGGAGCGCCAGCUGGCCGAGGUGCGGCAGCAGCUGCGCGGCGCGCAGGCGCAGGCGGCCGAGGCGGCGGCGCUGCCGGGGCUGCGAUCCCAGCUGGCUGCCAGCGCGGGCGAGGUGGAGCGGCUGCGGGGGCGGGAGCGGGAGCUGCUGAGCCAGGUCGCGCAGCUGCGGCAGGAGGUGGCGGCGGCGGCGGCGGCGCGCGAGGCGGCGGCGGGCGAGGCGGCGGCGGCGCACCGGCAGGCCGACGACCUCGCGGCGGCGCACGCCGUGGUGCAGCAGCAGCUGCGGGGGGAAGUGCAGGAGCUGCAGGCCGAGGUGGCGCAGCUGCAGCAGCAGCUGGAGGCGGCGACGGCGGCGGCGGAGGAGGCGGGCGCGGCGCGGCAGGCGGCCGAGGCGUCGGCGGCGCAGCAGGGGCAGCGGCAGGAGGCGGACGUGGAGGCUCUGGUGCGGCACCACGCAGAGGAGGUGGCCUCACUGCGCGAGCAGCUGCGCGAGCAGCAGGACGGCGCUGUGGCGCUGCGGCAGCGGGUGGAGGAGGUGACGCAGCAGAAGGAGUGCUCCACACUGCGGCAGCAGCUGGAUCAGGCCAAGCACGAGAAGCUGGAAGCGCUGAUGAAGCUGGCGGCGGCCGGCGGCGGCGCCAGCGGCUCUCCCGGCAGGAACGACAGCGCCAAGGACGCCGCCGCCAGCCUCCUGGCGCGCUCGCCGCCUUACGGGUGCAGGUACGAGGAUGAGGAGGAGUUUGAUGCGAUGACCGAUGCCAUGCGGGAGAAGUGCGUGCUGCUGGUGGCGGCGCCGCACGCGGCGGCAGCCGGCGGCGGCGGCGGCCAGGUGGAUGCCCUGCGGGCCUGCCUGCAGCCGCUGGCCAUCAACCACGCCUUCUCCAGCCAGCAGGCCCUGCCCUUUGCUCAGCAGCUGUGGAGCGGGCGGGACCGCGCCCCCUACUUCCUCAAAGUCCGCACCCGGGCCGCCCUGGACGAGGCCGGCGGCGGCGAGGACGCGGCGGCGGCGGCGGCGGCAGCGGCGGAGGCGGUGUGGCAGGAGCUGUUGCAGCAGAACUGGCGGGUGGAGCUGGAUGCGGGCCUGGGGGCCCCGCUGCAGGAGCGGGAGGUGCUGCUGCUGGUGUGCUCGCCUCGAGGCGUCGAGCAGCUCCUGGCGGCGGCGGGCGCGCCGCUGCCCGCAGGCUCCGGCCCCCCCCCACCCGGCUCCGUCAGCGCGCUGCAGGCAGGCGGCACCCAGGCUGGGGACCCCGCAGACUGGCGCCAGCUGGGCAAGCGGCUGCUGCUGGCGGCAGCGGACCCGGCGGCAGCAGGUGGCGGCGUGCUGGCGGCGCUGGGACGCAGCGAGCCAGCAGCAGCAAACUGA